AUGAAUCUUGCAAAUUUUUCUUACUUCUCGGGCAUGUGCAACAUGACAGCCGAGUCACAGCACUCGCCUGCCGAGGCAGCCAGUCCGGUGGUCGUGUCCCCAAAUGUUAGCCUGGACUCACCUAUCCCUCCACCAAGUCUGCUCCAUCAAGCUCGGACCAAAGACGGAGUUCUGAUCAAAUCAGAGCCGCGGGGAAGCAGUCCAAACACAGACAGGGAGGAAGGGGUCUCACUGGGUCAAACUGAGGAGCAUCUGCCGCCUACAGGGAGUCGACGGAGAAAGAGGCCGGUCCAACGAGGGAAACCACCGUACAGUUAUAUUGCCCUGAUAGCCAUGGCCAUCGCCAACUCUCCUGAGAGAAAACUCACCCUUGGGGGUAUUUACAAAUUCAUAAUGGAACGAUUUCCAUUUUAUAGAGAAAACUCCAAAAAGUGGCAAAACUCUAUACGCCACAACCUCACACUUAAUGACUGUUUUGUCAAGAUUCCUCGUGAGCCUGGCAGGCCAGGGAAAGGUAACUACUGGACAUUAGACCCCGCCGCUGAAGACAUGUUCGAUAAUGGAAGCUUUCUGCGAAGGAGGAAAAGGUUUAAGCGUACAGACGUGAGCACAUACCCGGGUUACAUGCAAAGCUCCAGUGCUUUCACUCCGACACCUAUGGGUAGAUCGACGUAUCCCAACACUUUGUAUCCUAGCAUGUCUUCGGGCUAUAGCUCCCAGUUGGCUGGGUCUCCUCAUCCAGCAAUGCUCCAUCAUUACCAGACCUCAGCCGGGGUCGCUCAAGGACAGCCCAGGAUGUUCAGCAUCGACAACAUCAUCAGUCAGCAAACGGUUAUGCAGAGCGGCCAAGGAGGAGACCUCAAUUCUCAAGCUUUGGGUUUAGGAACUGGAGACUUAAGCUCCAUGAGUGUCAGUUGUUCGGUCUCAGCCACUGACCCGUCAUGCUUUCAAACGCAGUCAGUUAAUCCAACUGCUAAUAUGUUAAGCAGAAGCAGCGGUGCCCUUGCCUCAAAUCUGGCGUCCGGAUACCCUUACUCCUCCUCGGCCUCACCUCCUCAUCUGCCAGCUGUAACGCAGUCCAGUUUCUCCCCAGGGGGCUCACCGGUGUAUUGCACCGGGAAUAGAAUCUCAUUGCCCGCUGUGCGAGCAGGGUCGUGCGCGGAGCAUACAGAACAGCUUCUGGGACUUUCAGGUCCCGCGGUGAACUCUUACAACAACUCCUACAUGCGACAAGCUAAUUUUGCGUCAGGACUUGAGCGAUACAUGUGA